CGUAAAGUUCCGUAAAUUAAGGUGAAGUUUUAAUAAAUAUAAUAUUGUUUCGUUUUCGUGACAUUAAAUCAGAUUUAAUUUUUGUUAGGCAGACAAUUGAUGACUAGUUGUUGAAGAUAAAACAAUGGAUGAUUUGUAUGCAAAUUUGGAGAACUAUCAGGAUGAGAAUAUUAUAGACGAGUUAAAAAAUGAAAAUAAAGACCUAAAGAUUAAACUCGAAGAAUAUUCUAGUGCUACGAUUCGAUUACAGAAUAAUAUUUUGCAGGAUUUUGAUAAACUGAACUCAGAGUACAAAAAAUUGGAGUUGAAUUAUUCAUCACUAUUAAAAACUGCUCGUGCAGAAAUUGAAAGAAAAUCUGAGAUGAUCAAGUCUCUAAACUCAGAGAAAGACCUUUUAAUUAUAAAAACAUUGCAAAGUUCAGGUAAGAAUUAUUUGAAAACUAGACGGCGCAUGCUUGAUGCCCAGCGGUCAAAUAAAUCUGAAAUAAAUUCUGAAAGUACAGGCAAACCACAGUCAGAACCUCAGUUAACCGCAGGAAAUCAAAAUGAGGGAAACAGAAAGCAGCUAGACAGAGUCACUUCAUCGCAUACCCUGUCAGAGGACACAAUUUCAAGUCUGGAAAAUAAGUCUAAUUUAAGUGAAGAUAGAGAAUUAAGAGACUCUAAGGCUUAUGUUAGGGAUAAAACAGACAAAAAGAAAUAUACAAGAAAAGAAGUUCCUACAGAUUAUCCUAUGCAGUGUCAAACAACUAAAAGAGACAAUAUUUUAAACAGAUGCAAAUCAAUAGCCUUGUGCAGCAGAAUUGAACCAAUAUUUAGUUCUGAUGACGAUUUUGAGGCACUCAAUCUAAAGAAUAUAAGGAAAUCACCUUUAAAAGAAGAUAUUAGGUAUAAUGAAAAGUUCAGUAAUAGAGACAACUGUUAUCGCUCAAGUAAGUAUUGUAACGACAGGACAAAUAGAUUCACAGAUCAUAAUAGACAUAACAAGUAUGAAUCUGGUUCAAAGUAUACUAGGCAUAGUCCAGAAAAACAUCGUACUAAAAAUGUGAAAGAGCAUUCACAAACUAAUAACUUAAGGAACGAUUAUAAAAAUGGCAGACCAAGAGUCCUGAGGAGUCCACCCAUGGAUAAGUAUAAUCGUUCUAAAAGUCGAGAUAGAAGACCCUUUGAUAGAGAAAAUUACUACGAAAAGCAGAGACAUUCUCCUCAUAACUACGAAUAUUCUACAGUGAAACAUAAAAUCAGAAAUGAUCAUGAGGAGCCAAGUAGUAAACGUCACAAAACCGAAUUGUUUAAAAAGAGUACAAUAGAUGAACACAUUUAUAAUAAUGACAUAGAGAAAGAAUUUUACUUUAGAAGCAGUUUCACGAAACACCAAGAUAUUUCAGAACCCACAACUUGCCAAUCUCCUGAUUAUGUUAAUAAUGAGUGUACAACACUGCAACAUAUAGCCAAAGAAAUAAAACACACAGCUCUAUCUCCACUUGAAGAUCCUAGAGUUUCAAGCAAAAUAUAUGCCAUAAAAAGUAAAGAAAAAGUUUCAGCUGUCGAUAUAAAACCUAUUAAUGUUACAAAGUGGAAUAUACCAAACAAAGAAAAAUUCAUAAUAAACACUAAACAGUUGCCAGAACCUUUAACAAAAUAUGUGGACGAAAUAUAUAUGGACAUCGAGAAUCCAUUAUUAAACGAUUCUUUAGAAUCCGGAGAAGUUCAGAGCUUAAUCGAUUACGACAUUCGCUAUACGAAAGAAAGUGAUGUAAGUGGUAAGUGUGAAAAUAAAGAAAUUAACAAAUAUAAAGAACAAAGCGAAAAAAUACAUGAUACGUGUGUUAUAGAUUAUAAUAAAACAAAAAGUCCUGCGAUUAACAAAUACAAAAUACCAAAAGUUAAGAAACCUGACAAAAUAUCUAGUUGCGUAAAACAUGAUAGUUUAGCACCACCGAUAAACAAAAACAUUUCUGCUGGUAAUUAUUGUAAUGAAACUAAAGAAGAUAGUGAAAUAAAAGAAAACUGUAAAAUUAGCGAAGUGCAAACUUCAAUUAAUGAACAAACUCAAACUAAUUUUACUAACGGAACACUCACACUAAAACAGUACAAACCAAAUGAAAUAAUCAAAGCUACCUGUGGUGCAGUUCUACCAGUAAAAACCUCAGUAGCUGUAGGUACUCUUGCAGACGAUUUAGAAUUGAGCGAUGAAGCUAGUGAAAGUACGGAUCUAAAGAAAGAUGUAAAAGAAUCUAAAACCUUAACAAACGAUAAAACAGCCAUGGAUAUACCUCAGGAUGAAAAUAAUUUGCCUUUAAUUAAGAAUCAAAAUAGGGAAUCGAAGGAAAAAGGUAAACACUUGCGUUCGAAAAAAGGAUCUAAAGAUUCUCGAGAUGGUUGCAAAACUCGCAAAAGUAAAAAGAAAAUAGACCAAAAAGAACCAAGUUGUACUGAAGGAGAAGAACUAAAAAUAGUGAUGAAAGUUAAAGACAAACAGAGCAAGCCAGUAAUUUCAAUUCAAACAAAAUCUAAAUUUAGCGAUCUAUUUGGCGACAGCAGUAGUUUAAUUACACCCGAUGAUUUAGGAAUACCGCCUACUGAAAUUCAUCUUCCGUUAGCCGAUAAGUAUGCCUCUAUGUUUGAUAACACUCAGGAUGCUGUUGAUCUUAAUGUUGUACAUAUCAAAAAAACACAAUCUGGUAACAAUAAUCUUCAAAAUGAUUUAUCAAAUGAAAAAACUAUCACAGGAAAAGCUGAUAUAGAUGAUACUCUAGUCUCCAAAGAUGUUGAUAAAUCUGCAACUGUAAGUAAUUUACGUGGAGAUAGUUUACGCGACAAUCCCACCAUGAACGAUGUUUCGAAAUUAAUUAAAACUGUCAUUAUAUCUACUGGUGUUCAACCAAAAUGUACCACAUCAGAUAAUAUCAAAUCACAGGAUAAUCAACAAGACAGUGAAAGAAAAUGUAUUGAACACACACAAGAUAUAAAUAUCGAUAAGCUUAAAAUACCAACAUCCUUGCUGAACAAUAUAAAAGCGCUAGCAACUUCUACACCGCACAAACCACAGCUUGAAGAUGGUGCUACAGCAAUACCAGAUGCUAAUGUUGAAAACAAUAGCAUGAUCUCUGAUACUACUCAUUUAUCAACUAAUGUAUGUAAUUCUUCAAACCCAGAGGAGACUGUGAAUGAAACAGAUAUUCCGGAUGUAAGAAUAUUCGUCAGAAGACGAAGAAAAAUAAUUAAAAGGCCUUAGUUUAAGAUAUAUAAGGUUUAGUUAUAUUUGUGAAUCACUUUGUUCCAUGAUUUAGAUUUACCAUGUUGGUGUGUAACAUCAUACUCAAAAACAAUGUAAUUGAGUGAUUGUAAUUUCAGAAAACUAUACAUAUUUGUAAUAUAAAACGGUUUUAUUUAUUUUUUAGAGUUUAAGUUGUUUAAAGAGUUAAAUAA